GGAAUGACUGUAACGGCGCUGUGCUUUGUAGAUUAUGCACUUCAGUAUUUUUGAGUUCAACUGAUCUCACUCUGGCUUGCGUUUUUUUGGUCACGGCUUGGCUGAGAGAUGCCGUUUUUGGGUUGCGUAGCAUCGCACCUGCAUCGGAGACUAAAAAUUCUGAGCCCCUUCUAGGCCUCUUGAAGAAACGGUCUCCACGCCAAAUUGUUCUGUGCAACUCGGUGCUCCGUUCGACCCCGGCCGUCAUCUUCUGCAUGCCUAGGUUUGCUUCACAAAUCGUAAUGUGGCUUCCGCUUGAACGGAUGUUAAUACCGUUGAGAGGGUAUUUGAACGUUGUGAUAAUAAUAUGUGUCUGAUUGAAUAUGUGUAAAG